CUUGCCUACUUGGCAGCUUCGCACACUUUGCUCAACACCGCAGCGAUGACGGAGACGAUGGCUCAAGAGCACGACGAUCCCCUCUAUCGGGCUCUCCUGUCAUCAUUCGCUGCGGCAGGCGGGACAGUCUCCCCUUCGGUGAGCCUUACACAGCUACCCUCGCAGGGAAGAUGCUGUGUCGCGCGUGAGGACAUUCCAGAGGACCAUGAUCUCUUCGUCAUCCCUAGAAUGUACCUUCUCAACAUCUCCAACAGCCUUCUGCCAUCUCUAUGUAAGGCCUUGGACUCACAGCGAUCGGAAAAGUCUACCAGAGGGGAGGCUGACAUGAGCAUCGAUAGCAUACACCCAGCGGUAGGCGACGACGACUCGUCAUCCAAGCAGUCCCCUGACAACUGGCAAGAUCUGUCAGGAUGGUCACCGCUCAUUCUUUGCAUGAUGUGGGAGACGUGGAGGACACGAGAUAACGACACCGCCGCCGCUGCAGUCAGCAUAGCCAAGAAUCUACGCUUGGACGAUCAACUGGGCGAUCGCGAUUGGAAGUCCUACCUCGACAUCAUGCCGACCGACUUCAGCAGCAUGCCCAUGUUCUGGCCUCAACAAGACCUCGACAUGCUCAAGGGAACUGACGUCCUCGGCAGGAUAGGCAAGGCAGAGGCAGAGGCAGAAUACAGAGAUAACGUCCGCCCAUUCAUUGCUUCACACGCAGCCGUCUUCCUCGGUCCAGCAGCGAAGGACCUGCCUGAGCAGGAGUUGCAAAAGUUGAUGGACGAGCAUUACGGUUUGGAGCAGUUUCACGUUCAGGGAUCGAGGAUUCUUAGCCGCAGCUUCCAUGUCAAGAAGGGCCACGCCGACGAGGGAACUGUUGUCGGCGCAGAUGGUGACGUGCAGGACGAUGAGGAGAGCGACGAAGAGGACGACGACGAGGACGAGGAGCGAGAGGAUACAGCGGAUAUCUCGAUGGUACCGUUCGCGGAUCUGCUCAAUGCCAGCUACGCGAGUGAGAACGCCAAGCUCUUUUACUCGUCAACAGCGCUCAUUAUGCGCAGCACUCGUCCGAUCAAGAAGGGGGAGCAGAUCAUGAACACAUACGGCGACCCACCCAACGCCGACUUGCUCCGACGAUAUGGUUACGUUGACGAGUGGAAUGCAGGGGAUGAAGUGGAGCUCGAUGCUGCUCAUCUGGCUCAGACUGCAGCCUCUUCAUCGAGCAGCAGCAGCGGCGCUCAGCUUACCGAGCGUGUCUCCUACCUCGUGUCCCAAGGCCUCGAAGAGUCCUUUGUUCUCACCUAUCCGUUCCCUCCCAGCGAUCAGAAGCCGUAUCGCCCGCAACCGGAGUCGCCCUCAGAUGAGGAAGUCAAGAACGUCAUAGGAGAAGCAUUGGAUGAGGAGCUCCUCAGCACUUGCCGUGCUCUUCUCAUGGGCGAAGAGGAAUUUGAGGCCAAAUAUCGCGCGAAGGAGAAAGUGCCUAAACCGAAGUUGGAUGAAGAGAUUGCGCAUUUCCUCAUCAAGACGAUUGAAGCACGCCUAGGCAGAUAUGAGGGUGGACCGAGCAGCAAGGAGGAUGAGGAGAUCCUGUAUGGUGCCCAGCCCAAGAAUUUGGGCACCAAUGCAAGGAGUGCAAUCGUGGUGAGGCUGGGCGAGAAGAGGGUGUUAGAGGCGAAUGCAUCGCUGCUGAGGAGGAUGGUGGAGGUGAAAAAGAAGCAGAGCGCAGCUGGUGGCGGCGACAAGAAGCGCAAGGACGAGAGCGGUAAAGGAAAGGCGAAUGGCGGCGCU